AUGCGAGAGUAUGAACAAGCUCAGCACAUGCUCAAGCUCGAUGAUAGCUCAGUUGGUAGAAGGCCACAUUACUAUCUGACUCAUCAUGGGGUGCUCAAGCCAGACAGCUCCACCACGAAGCUCAGGGUUGUUUAUAACGGUUCAAGUGCCAGCUCCACUGGUCACUCGCUCAAUGACAUCAUGCACGCUGGUCCUAAUCUGAUGCUCAACAUCUUCGACUUGCUCAUUUGGAUACGUCAACUCAAGUAUCUCUUUGCGACUGACAUCACAAAGAUGUACCGGCAAAUCAAGAUACACCCAGAUGACCAGGAUCUUCAACGCAUCGUGUGGGUGAAUGAACAGCAUGUUGAAUCUCAUUUUCAGCUCACCACAGUCACUUAUGGAACUAAGUCAGCACCGUUCCUAGCUGUAAGAACGCUGCUUCAGCUCGCUGAAGAUGAAGGCUCCCAGUAUCCUCUUGCUGUGAAACCGAUCACUCACGGGCGUUACGUUGAUGACAUCUUCGGAGGAUCCGAUACAGUGGAACAGCUCGUGGAGACUGCUCACCAACUCAUACGGCUCUGCCAUACGGGCGGAUUCCCGCUGGCUAAGUGGCACUCUACUUCUCAGCAACUGUUGAAAGAGGUCUCGUCUGAGCUUGGCGAGACCUCAGGCAUCUCAUUCGAUAACUGUGAUACCAAAAUCCUUGGUAUUCGAUGGUCACCUCAACAGGAUGUGUUCGACUUCUCAACAAUCUCGUCUUCUCCCUCCAAACGAUUCUCAAAACGUCUCGUCCUCUCAGAAGUAGCACAAAUAUUUGAUCCAUUAGGUUUCGCCUCUCCAGUCAUAAUUAAAGCUAAGAUCUUUCUUCAGGCUCUCUGGUUGCAUAAUCUCGACUGGGACGAACCACUCUCGGAACAGCUCAUCUCACAAUGGCUCAGCAUCAGACAAGAUCUCAUUAGCCUGGCCAGGCUCUCUAUCCCACGUUGGUUCAACACUCUCUCUAAUUCAGCUGUUGAACUACAUGGCUUCUCUGAUGCAUCGCAAUUCGCAAUCGCAGCUGUUGUUAACACUCACAUGGAUCAAGGCUCAUCCAUCAAGAUGGAARGAUUACGUACGCAACCGCGUAAUCAAAAUUCAAGAACUCUCAAGGAACGCUCAUUGGAGGUAUCAAGACAAUCUCAGCUGCCAAGCUCGCACCCACUGUCUAGGCUCACCGCAUUCAUUGAUGCCGGCGGUGUGCUCAGGGUGGGCGGUCGCCUCUCAAGGUCCGAACUCAUGAACGAGGCCAAACAUCCAGCAAUUCUCCCUCGUAGCUCCAGGCUCUCAGAACUCGUCAUCGCCCAUGCUCACAAGAAAACGAUGCAUGGAGGCACUCAGUCAACUCUGAGCGAUGUUGUAUUAAAUGCUUUUAUUGCCUUUUGA